AUGUUGAAGUCAAUUUCGGAGUCGGGUUCCAUCGCAUCGACAGCAGUCGAUGGGCCUCGAGACAAUGGUCUAAUGAUCGAAUAUGCUCCUUUCGGGCUCGAGAAAGUGUACGAUUACGAGCCUGGGGGUCACCAUCCUGUCCACCUGGGCGACGUGCUGCACUCUCGCUAUAAGAUCAUCCAUAAGCUGGGAAGCGGCGGAUAUGCAAAUGUCUGGCUUGCCCGAGACAUUUGCAGUGAUGUUUCGAAGUACGCGGCUCUCAAAGUCAUCAUGGCUGAAGGGUCUACGGAUGAAUGUCCCGAGCUGCGAGUGAACAAGCUGGUAGACUGUGGGCUUGACACGCUUGAAACGGCCGACUACUUCUGUCUUCCCUUGGACCAAUUCAAGGUCGAGGGCCCCAAUGGCACACAUCUUGUCUUCGCAUAUCCAGUCUUGGGACCUCGUGCAUCAAGGCUGAUCAGCGCUGCCAUGUCUGACCAUUUCGAAGACUCCAUACGGGGGAUUUGUCGACAAGUUACGCAGGCCAUGGCGGAUCUCCAUGCUCGGGGUAUCUGUCACGGAGAUUUCCGGCCAGCCAACAUAUUAGCUCGGAUAUCUAACCUGGAUGGACUGUCGGAGGAUGAGGUGAUGGAAGCUUUCGGGACACCUCAGAGGAACAAGGUCCUCACGAUAUCCGGUGAGGACCACGACCUACCUUCGGCCCCUCAAUAUCUCGUUUACCCCGUGGACUGGGAUUCCGUCGCAACCAAUUCCACCCUGAUGCGUCUCAUUUCCGGCAAGGCUUGCAUCGUUGAUUGGGGCGAGACCUAUGACAUCGCCUCCCCUCCCGAAGAGCUGGGUCUGUGGGCGCUUGGUUGCACGCUCUUCGAGAUCCGCACCGGAAAAAAGCUAUUCGACACGUUCGACGACGACGUCGACGAACACCUAUGCAAGAUCGCCAUGGUUCUCGGCAAGUUUCCCGAGCCUUGGUGGAAUGAGAUCUGGGAUCAACGCGAUCUGUAUCUCAAGGACGAUGUAGACGCACUCGAUCGGGUGGUGGAGGUACGCGAUGCGGGCGCUGCUGCUCCAAGCACGCUGGUCGUUGAGGCUCAAGAGCCGAGAUCCAUACAGGACUCGGUCGCAGGAGGAUUGUUCUAUAGCCACAAAUACGCCCCGGGUGGCAUCCACCGAGAUAUCUCCCAGGAGGAGGUCGAGACUUUCUCGGACCUUCUUUCGAAGCUACUGCAAUACCGUCCCGAGGACCGUCUGUCAGCCAGCCAGGCGCUACAGCACCCCUGGUUUGAGUUGUCACACAAUCGAUCUGGAGCUGAAGCUGCUGCGGGCACUUGA